AACAGGAGACACGUUAGGACGAGGGACGCUGAAACGAUAUGUAUUAGAGUUUCAAUCGACGUUUGCUUCACUUACUUGGAGCUUAGGUCUUUCUGUAACUAUGUCUGAUGACGUUCCUGAAAAUCGUCUACCGGACUCCACUGAGGACGGGAUACCUUCCGUUGCCGGCGACGGCAAUGACGAUGAGACCAAUACCUCAACUUCUCCCAUGGGUAUAGGCCUGUCCACCUUGAUUUCCUCUGUAAUUAGGGAGUUCGAUAGCAGAGCUGACGCCACUUCCCGCAGUCAAGAUCAACUCUCCUUCGCCCUCGAUCGUCUCACCGGAGAGCUUGACAAACUGUUGGAGGAUGCACCGUUGCCUUUCAUUAUGCAACAUGCCGCUAGGAUUUCUGGUGUUAGAAAGAGAGUCACAUCUUUAAAUUCAGUUUUGAAGUCUAUACAACGACGAGUCGAUAAUAUAGACCGGAUGCUGCUAGCAGGUUUGGUGCAGGGUGCAUUUCUUGAAAAAAAGAUGGGAGAAGAUGGUGGACAACAUUAAGGGGUGUCAUUGAAGAGGUUUCAGGACGUUGCUUUGCUGCAUGGUAUGUUGGCCUCACCUGCUUGCUUGUGCUUGUCCUAGAGACUAGAGUUGCUAAUGUGGUUGGGCAAAAGGAUUGUGAAUAAUUAUGAUGCUGACUUGUGUGCUGUAUGUGUAAUUCCCAACAUUCAACAUGAUAGUGCAUGAUUGUCAUUGUUGCUUGACAUGAAACUGGUUAUUGUUCAAUCACUUUGAUUUCUCAUUUUAUUAUCGAACCCCCCCAAUGUAGAAUCUGUCCUUACUUCUCUAAA